AUGCAGUGCCGGGAGGUAUUAGCCACUCGGGGAGAUAUGCACCGUUGUGCAGCCAGAUGCUGCGACGACCAGGCGACUACACUAGAAAGAGUACACGGCUGCAUUGACUCAUGUACUUCAUCACUGAAUCAGGCUAAUAACUAUGUUCAGGGAGAAAUCAACCACCUACAAAACAGAUUACAGAGAUGUGUAAUGGACUGCAAUGAUUCUGCACGAGACAAACUAGGAUCAUCACCCAAUCAGGAAACGAUCGACAAAGCAACAAUUCAAUUUGAGAACUGUGCUAUAAAAUGCGUGGACAAACACAUCGCGUUGAUACCAAGUCUCAUGAAAACUAUGAAGAGUGUCCUUGCCAGUGGUAAACCACCGCCAGUCAAAGAAUGAACAAAAUUAGUUUAAGAUUUUGUUAUGAUUUCGCUGCAUUAAUGACCAUACUGAAUACGAAGCACUCAAGGAUAUAGAGGAACGCUAAUUGAAUUAUGAUAACAACGUUCAUAUGAAUCACUGGAUACACCAGAUUAUACAUAUACCAGAAUGUUUAAGGCGAGUCAUCGGAGAAGAAGCUGGAAAAUCUGUUUUGCUAGAUCAAAUUGUUUAGGUAUUUACUAUUUACUUAACACUACGUUGCGGUGUACUAGGUCCUAUCAAUUAGUACGUGGUGAACUCGCACGAUGGCACUACAAAAUAUCAAUAUUUAGUUCGUGUUGGAAACGCCCAGAGGGUACCCCGAUAAUGUUUAAAGGGCGAUACAUAGUUAACGUGACCAUACGUCCUGCUUUAAGCGGGAGACUUCCGUUUUUAAGCUUCGUGUCUCGCUGUCCCCAAAGGACUUAAAAAGUCUCGCUUUGACAGAGCUGGACACAUGAAUAAAUUUAAUAUAAUGGCGCGAAAGCGAAGCACCAAGUAAGCCUUGUCGCGGUUCUUUUAGUUGUGGGUCCGUGCUGCGCGUGCAUUGUUUUUGGCGGUGAUGUACGGUUGGCGGCGGCUGCCAUGAAGUAGAGUUCAAACGUAAACCGUAUUCAAAAAGAAUUUUAUUUAUUAUAUAU